AUGGGUUCGGGGUCGUCCAGAGCGGGUCCCAAGGUGAUCCCGGUGAUCCCGGCGGGGAGUGGGAGCGGGAGUGGCAGUGGGAGCGGCAGUGGCAGUGGGAGCGGGAGCGGCAGUGGCAGUGGGAGCGGCAGUGGCAGUGGGAGCGGCAGUGGUGACAGCGGACUCGGCUCCUCGCAGUCGCUGUUCCCGGCACAGCAGCGGAGGGGUUGGAGCGGCGCUCAGACAACUUUGCUCUGCGGGAGAACCGACCUCCCGCCCCUCAGGGAGUCCCUGUACCUGAGCUGUGCAGAGGUCCCCAGGGCCAUUUCAUUUGAUGUGACACUGGACAAUGAGGAAGCGAGCAUUAUAAAGAGACACCCCCCUCGAAGGCUGCAGAGACUGGAGGCUUUGAAGCCUGUUGCGGUCAACACCACUGUGAGGCCACUGGAGAAGCAGCGAGCAGCGAAUGCACGGAAAGCACAGACACUUGCAAGACAAAUGGAAACAGCAAAACAGUUUUCCAGGAGAAGGCAUCAAAUGCACCAGAUUCAACAUCAUGAGAAGAAACAGAGGAAACAAGAGGCAAUUGGCUUUGAGGAACAACUGGAACUGAGGCACAAUCUUCCCCCGCAUGUGAGAAUCAGCAAGCCCAUAAGACAUGAUCUCGGGGCCAGAGACUGUGAAGAAAAUACUCAAAACAUAAACCACCAAGAAGAUCAAUAUUAUAUAGGAGUAGAACAUGAUGAAACAUUCAAUGUGGAUUAUGACAAUCUGUGGCCCAGCUUGACCUCGUCGAUGUACCUCACAAGUGGGCGCAGGGGACCUCCAGAACGUCUUGUGCAGCUAAGGCACCAGCGAGGCACUCAUAGUCAGAGUUCCAGCAGCGACUCCUGUGGGGAGGGGACCAACCAGGCACAGCGUAGGCUGCUGAGAACUAAGGUUGAGAAGAUCCCGAUGUUUGAUGAGUUCUUCGAUCAGGAGUUAUAG